AGAGGAGGAGGAAGAGGAGGGGGAGAGAGGAAGAGGGGCAGGAGGAGGAGGAAGAGGGGGAGGAGAAAGCGGAAGUGGGGGAGGAAGAAGAGGAUGAGGAGGAGGAGUUGGAAGGGGAGGAGGAAGAGGGGGAGCAGGAAGAGGGGCAGAAGGUAGAAGAAGAGGGGGAGGAGAAAGAGAAAGAAGAGUAAGAGGAGGGGGAAGAAAGACAAGGGGAAGAGGGGGAGGAGGAGGACGGGGAGGAGCUUCGCCGCGGCCUGCUCCGCCCAGCCGGGGUCGGUGGCCGCAUGGCUUCGGUCUCCUCUGCGACCUUCUCGGGCCACGGGGCUCGGUCCCUACUGCAGUUCCUGCGGCUGGUAGGGCAGCUCAAGAGAGUCCCACGGACUGGCUGGGUAUACAGAAAUGUCCAGAGGCCGGAGAGCGUUUCAGAUCACAUGUACCGGAUGGCAGUUAUGGCUAUGGUGAUCAAAGAUGACCGUCUUAAUAAAGACCGAUGUGUACGCCUAGCCCUGGUUCAUGAUAUGGCAGAAUGCAUCGUUGGGGACAUAGCACCAGCAGAUAACAUCCCCAAAGAAGAAAAACAUAGGCGAGAAGAGGAAGCUAUGAAGCAGAUAACCCAGCUCCUGCCAGAGGACCUCAGAAAGGAGCUCUAUGAACUUUGGGAAGAGUAUGAGACCCAAUCUAGUGCAGAAGCCAAAUUUGUGAAGCAGCUAGACCAAUGUGAGAUGAUUCUUCAAGCAUCUGAAUAUGAAGACCUUGAACACAAACCUGGGAGACUGCAAGACUUCUAUGAUUCCACAGCAGGAAAAUUCAAUCACCCUGAGAUAGUCCAGCUUGUUUCUGAACUUGAGGCAGAAAGAAAUGCUAACAUAGCUGCAGCUGCCAGUGAGCCACACUCCUGAGACACUCUCUAAAUUGCUGCACUCCUGUAACAAACAUUAUUUUUCCAUUUCAUUGUAUUGUGUUUUGCCAUUGUUGGUCUGUUGAUUUCCCUAGAUGUGAGUCUGUUUGUUUUCAAUUGUCUGGACUUCAGCAAGAAAUGUGAUACAACUUGGGCACUAAAAGAAGCCACAGAACAGGAAGCGGUCAUGAAAAUGCCAUGGAUGAAGACUGGAGGCGGCAGUGCCUGUUUAUGAACUAAAUAAAUAAAUAUUAAACACCUAAAA